AUGGCUUCAAAAGCUGUCAGUGGUAAUAAAGCACGUAUUAAUAUUAUCUACUAUUCAAUGUACGGUCAUGUCGCAACAUUGGCCAAAUCAAUAUUAAAAGGUGUUGAAGCCGCCGGUGCUGAAGCACGUUUAAUUCAAGUACCAGAAACUUUAUCAAAAGAAGUUUUAACUAAAAUGCAUGCACCAGAAAAAGAUAAAAAUAUCCCAACACUCUCAUUCGCUGGUGAAGGAGAAAAUACUGUAACAAUUGAAGAUGCAUUAGUUAAUUGCGACGGUAUUGUAUUUGGUUUCCCAACACGUUUUGGUGGAAUGCCAGCACAAGUUAAAGCUGUAUGGGAUGCAACCGGUGGAUUAUGGAUGAAAGGUGCACUUAUUGGAAAACCAAUUAGUGUAUUUUUUUCAACUGGAACACAAGGUGGUGGACAAGAAACAACAGUAUUAACAUCAUUAACAAAUUUUAUUCAUCAUGGAAUGUUAUUCGUACCCAUUGGCUAUUCAAGCCCACUUUUAGGCAAUAUGGAUGAAAUUCAUGGUGGUAGUGCAUACGGUAUCGGUACUUUUGCUGGUCAUGAUGGUUCACGAAAACCAUCAGAUUUAGAAUUAAAAAUAGCUGAACAUCAAGGAUCACACUUUACACAAGUAGCAACCGCAUUGAAAAUAGGUCGCGCAGCAAUGCCUCCAAAAGAAGCCGAUCCACCUAAAGCAUAA